AUGUCUGAGCAAGGUAAAUUGAACCAGGAGACAGCAGAGGAAGCUGUGAAUGAGCAGGAGACUGCCCUCUCCGAAGUGGACCCUGACCACUGUAUCCUUAACAAAUCUGAAAGCUCAGAAGUAGAGGAGAAGGAGGAGAAGCUGAGCGAUGCCAAGACGGAGCUGCAGGUGUUACUGGCAACAAAAAGUUGUUAUACAAAGCCUAAGAAGAAGCGAGGUGGAAACUCAAACCAGAAAAAGAGAUCCAAGUCAGGAGCUAAAGGAAAACUCGUCCGGAGUCUUGCAGUGUGUGAAGAGUCAUCCCCUCGGCCGGGAGCAGAAAAUCUUCAUGACAAUCAGGAAUCAAUCCAACUACAGCUUUCAGGUUUUCCUAGCUUGCAAGAAGAAGAUAAAUCUAGUAAAGAUGACUCCGAGAAAGAAAAAGAGAAGGAUAAAAAUAAAGAAAAAGAUAAAAACAGUGAAAAAAACAAGAUCAGAAUGUUAUCGAAAGAUUGCAGUCAAGAGUAUACAGACUCAACAGGCAUAGAUUUGCAUGAGUUUCUCAUUAACACACUAAAGAAUAACCCCAGGGAUAGAAUGAUACUCUUGAAAAUGGAACAGGAAAUUAUUGAUUUUAUUAGUGACAACAAUAAUCACUAUAAAAAGUUCCCUCAGAUGUCAUCAUAUCAGAGGAUGUUAGUGCACAGAGUGGCAGCUUACUUUGGCAUGGAUCACAAUGUGGAUCAGACUGGAAAAUCUGUAAUUAUCAACAAGACCAGCAAUACCAGAAUACCAGAGCAAAGGUUUUCUGAACAUUUAAAAGAUGAAAAAGGUGAAGAAUCCCAGAAGCGAUUUAUCUUGAAGCGAGAUAACUCUAGUAUUGAUAAAGAAGACAAUCAGCAAAACAGAAUUCUUCCAUUUAGAGAUGACAGACGAAGUAAAUCAAUUGAAGAGAGAGAAGAGGAGUAUCAGAGAGUGAGGGAGAGAAUAUUUGCACAAGAUUCAGUUUGCUCCCAGGAAAACCUUUUUGUGGAAAACAGUAGGCUGUUGGAAGACAGUAUAUGCAAUGAUACCCAUAAGAAAAGACAGCUGUUUAGGGGUAACAGAGACAGCAUAGGGAAGGCGUCUGGCAGUCGACAGAGCAGUACAGAGAAUGAGCUGAAGUGGGCAGACCACCAGAGGCCAUGGAGCAGCACGGACUCGGACAGCUCCAAUCGGAAUCUGAAGCCAGCCAUAACAAAGACAGCCAGCUUUGGUGGGAUCACCGUCCUGACCAGAGGAGAUAGCUCAUCAAGCAACAGAAGUACCGGCAAACUGUCUAAAACAGGUAGCUCAGAGUCUUCCAGCAGUGCUGGCUCCUCAGGAUCACUGUCACGAAUACAUCAGCCUCUCCAAAGUGCAUCCCUGGUCCCUGGGGUGACAGCCAGCUCUUCAGGCAGCGUGUCCUACCCUGAGAACGGGAUGAGUGGCCAGGUGGCCCCCAGCAACACCAGCUACAUCAUUCUUCCACUUGAAGCUGCAGGGAUACCACCUGGCAGUAUCCUUCUGAACCCACACACAGGUCAGCCCUUUGUAAAUCCUGAUGGCACGCCGGCAAUAUACAACCCUCCCAGUAGCCAGCAGACGAUGAGGAGCCAGAUGGUGGGACAGUCUCAGCAGCAGCCUUCAUCCCAGCAGCCUCAGCAGGUUCAACAGCCACAGCAGCAAAUGGCAAGUCACCUGGUCACACAGCCUGUUCAGGCAAUGCAGCCAUCUUCUCAGUCAGUCCAAUAUCCAGCUGUUUCUUAUCCUCCCCAGCAUCUCCUGCCUGUCUCUCCAACGCAGCAGUUUUCUGUGCGGGAGGACAUGACCACGCAGUUUAACCAGAUGAGCCUGAGUCGCCAGUCGUCGGGAGACAACCCCGAGUCGCCUUCUGGCCCCGUCUACCCCUCGCCUAUCCUGCAGCAGCCUGCCCAGCAGACAGGUUACAUCAUGGCCUCCCCGACUCAGCAGCUUCCCCCGGGAGGCUUCACAGGUUCGGGUCCGCCAGUAUCACAGCAAGUGCUGCAGCCCCCGCCGCCGCCCCAGGGCUUCGUGCAACAGCCACCACCACCUGCUCAGAUGCCAGUGUAUUAUUACCCAUCUGGUCAGUACCCUACCUCAACAACUCAGCAGUACAGACCCAUUGCCUCAGUUCAGUACAGUGCACAGCGGAGUCAACAGAUCCCACAGACUGCACAGCAAGCAGGGUACCAACCCGUCCUGCCGAACCAGCAGCAGGGGUUCCAGGGUCUCAUGGGAAUGCAGCAGCCUCCCCAAAGCCAGAACCUGAUGAAUAAUCAACAGGGAAAUCAGGUGCAAGGCAUGAUGGUGCAGUAUCCAGCCAUGUCGUCUUAUCAGGUGCCAAUGACCCAGGGUUCUCAAGGAUUGCCACAACAAUCAUAUCAACAACCACUCAUGCUACCUAAUCAAUCAGGUCAAGCAACACUUCCAGCCACUGGAAUGCCUGUCUACUGUAAUGUCAUACCUCCUGCCCCCCAGAACAACGUCCGGUUGAUUGCCCCACACUGCCCCUCCAACAACGUCCCAGUGCUCUCUGCCAGCUGCAGGACAAACUGUGCCAGCAUCAACAAUGCAGGCUGGCAGGUCAAGUACUGACACUGUGGCUGAGCUGUGGAUAAACGAGGAUAGAGGUGCAUUAAUUUGACAAAUAACUCCAUGGCCUUCAAAUGAAGAGGAGACACAACAGGAU